UCCGAAUGGGGGAAUCUAUCCCAUCGCGGUACAUCGCUAAUGAGGGAUUGCUGGGCUAGCCGAGAUCAAGAAAGGGCUUUGCCGGAUCAGUUUGUCUGAUUGGAUUUUUUUCGACGAUGUCUAGGCUGGUUUGUGACUUACAAAUUCUAACAAGAAGUAACGCUCAUUAGUUGCGUUACUUCUUGGCUACUUGGAUGACUAUUACUUGCUUAUAAAGGAUUGGUUCGCGAUUCGUUCUUUGUCUCAGCCAGGGCAGAUACAGUUGUUGCAUUGGAAAACGUUUAGUAGCAGUUGUAAAAAUGAAAUGUUUAGAGAUUUUAUCCUAGUUUUUCUCUACGCUUUCCUUUAAGCUCUCUAAACAGAAUCUUAUUAGCUUGAAUGCUGACACUGCUCUAAUGCAUUCUAUUUAUUCUAGACAACACAGUUUCAUUUUGUUUCCAGUAAGAAACCAAAAAUGAAUCAAUUUCAAAGCCAAACAGAUUUUCUAUUGAAUACGAUUUCAACAUUAAAGCUCAUUUAAGAGGUGAAAAAUCCGUUUGGCCUGUUGCCAAUUUUUUAGGCAGUGUACACUUGCGCUAGAUGGAUUGCACAAAACAAAGGCUACUAAGAUCAAACUAGGAACAAUCAUUCACGGUGUCGUUACUCAAUACACUCGCACUACUUAGUGACGUGUGAGUGUGUGCGUGUGUGUGCAUAUAGAGAAUACAGGGUCCGUAUUCCAUCAUCCUCUCCUCUCUUCGCUCCACUCGAUACAUUAGAUCCGUUGCUACUAGCAACCAGAGACUGUGGCUCCAGGCACUAGCCCUGUUGCCAUGUUACCAUUUUCUGUCAUUACAACGGACUGCAUCGGAGCAGAACGGUCACGUUGUGUCACAGCAUUUUCUAGUAGCAAAAUCCUCAAUCCUCCUGCAUCCUGCAGUUUUGCAGCGUAAUAAAACCAUUUCGAGUUCAGUAAAAAGUGUUCAGUAACUAGCAAACAAAAAAUGGCACCCCAAAAAGAAAAACCUCAACAAGAGCAGCAAGUGGCGCUGCUGAACGAUAAUCUGUUCACGUGCGUGCUAACGGCCGGCACCAAUGUGAAGAAAUACACUCGGCUGGUAGAAAAGAACGAGCAUCAGUUCGAUCUCAUGGAAGUGAGCAAAUUCGUUUUUGACCUCGUUCAAAGCCGCACCAAGCCGUUGGAUGUAAACGCCAAAAUCGUUUGCGGAAUGUGUUACAUUUUUCUGUUUAAUGUACAGCAACUUCGUGAUCGCAUACUAAUUGUGGACCAUAAACAUUUCAAGGGACGCAAAAUUGGUUACAAGGAAAAGAAUGUUGUUCGACAGUUUGAGGUUGAGUGCCGGCCCGGCAAAGAUGGUCGCCCCAAAGUGCCGAUAACCUUGGACGAAUUGUUAUCCAUGGACAUCGACAUGCAUAUGGAAGCCGGCAGCGAGAAGGAUGUGAUUGAUGCGCUGUUGGCUAGCCAGCAAAGCACAACGGUACAAAACGUGGACGACAUUACGCUGCGCGAGCUGCCGCCUUCGCUGCGCCACGAAGAAGAGUAUCAUACGGUGGAUAAUGAUUUCGGGGAGGCGAGGUCUAAUGAGUUGUUGGAUUUUUUCAACGAUUCAGCGCAGGAACCGGAAGCGGAACUGGCGUCCAAGAUACAUUCGGACUUGCCCGUUACACAGGACGACCUGAUGGAUAUCGAUCCUUCGCUAGAGCCAGAAUUAGAUGCAGUGGAUAGUAUUCGGGAUAGUGAUAUCCUUCCAUUAGAAGAAGACACCUUGCAGCCAGUACCGAUGUAUGUUUCCGACGAGGAAGACAAUAAGGACGAAAUAGAACUAAUUUCUUUAAAUGCUGCAUUUUAUGCAGUAAAAGAGGAAGAGAACAGCGCUGACGAGACUGAACAAAACCCACCAAUCGAAAACAAUAUUAUGGGGGAGAAGAGACACGAAAUUACUCCAACAAAUGUCGUCCCCAAAAAGCGAUCGCGGCUAAUUGUGGACGUUUUUACGCAGAUCAGUACCAACUGCUUGGCACGACAGUUGGCAAAAUGUGCCAAAACGACCGUCACCAUGGAACAACCAAGGCAAGAGGUGCAAGCAUUUUUGGCUGAGCAAAAGCUGAACCAACUAUUCGCCGAACCAUUGCGCCCUUGGCUUCAUAGCUUCCUGUAUAAGCGCAACCUUAGCGUUCGGAAGGAGAGAGCCACACCCCUCUCUAAGUUUGAGUUUAGCAAGAAAAAACCAUCAAAGCGCGAUAAAAACGGUAUUUGCAAGAGCAAUGCUCCGCAAACGGAGGAGGUACCAACGGCCGAAAUCGUUCCACCAAUUGAAACGUUUGCGCCGAUUGAACUACCUACCGAGUUGCCGGGUGUUCCUGCAAUGGUUACAACGGCCGAAUCUGCUCCGUGUGUUGAGCCAACGGGCAAUAACGCUCCAACGAGCAUGCGUAGCUUCCUGACGCGCUUUACUGGCAAUCCGGCGGAGUGGGACUAUUUGAAAAGGACGGAAGAUCCACACAGCGAAAAGCGGAAGGAUAAGAAGGACGAAGGCGUAGUGACGAGCCAUGCGCUUCAGGUAGUGCUGCGCUCCCUGUUCGAUGAGGUGGCGGACGAAUCCAUUCCGUUCGAGAUGAUACAGGCCAAGAUGGGCAGCCGGCAAAUUGCUGCGUCGUUGUUUGCCAAGCUGUUAGAACUCUCCGCUACAAAAAUCAUACGUAUUGCGACGAAUGAAUAUGGAUUGCCAGUAAUGGUGCAAAAGUUUCAAAACUGGCCACUUCAUUAACGAAACGAUAAGGUCAUUACCUAGUUUUAUACCUUCUUUUGUAGCGAUAGUGUAGCUGCUGUACGUCUGAAUGUGGUGUAUCGGGGGUAGAAUUGUACAAAAUUGAAGACUGAACUGAACUGUAUGUUUGGCCACCGUAUUGAUAUUGAUGAAUUUAUUCACCCGAUGCAACAACACGAACUUAAAUAAAACGAAACUAUAAACGA